AUGUCGGCCCGGACGCCAUUGCCGACCGUGAAUGAGCGGGACACGGAGAACCAUACGUCUGUGGAUGGAUAUACUGAACCCCAUAUCCAGCCGACCAAAUCAAGUAGCAGACAGAACAUCCCUCGGUGUAGAAACUCCAUUACGUCAGCAACAGACGAACAGCCUCACAUUGGAAAUUACCGUUUACAAAAAACAAUAGGGAAGGGAAAUUUUGCCAAAGUGAAAUUGGCAAGACAUGUUCUAACUAGUAGAGAGGUUGCUGUGAAAAUAAUAGACAAAACUCAGCUAAACCCUACCAGUCUACAAAAGGUAUUUAAUUAUUUUAAUAAGUUCACGGUGAAGGUAAAGAAGGCCUUCUGCCCCUCGUCAAACCCAAAUCAGAGCAAACCUGGAAGAGCUCUCCUGGGGGGAACAAGCUUGACUACAGCCUUUGUCAAGCUCCCCGUGGCCACAGAGUUGUUCCCCAUCUGCCUCAAGAUCGAGGAAGUAGUGAAGAAGUCCUGUGACACUGAUGAGUCCAAGGGCAGCAUGGUGAGCAGGGCUGGUAGAGAGAGGAUGAUAGGUGUUCGGCCCCUGGCUGUGCUGCUUUGA